UAGUACCGAUUCGCGACCGAUUGAUAAUUGGAUAGAGUUUCGAAUCGCGGUAUAUAGGUAGCGUACGCGUUCCCGUUGACAGUCGUACGCGAUCCGUCCGGUAGACGAAACGACACUUGUCCGUUUGACAGCCGUGAUAAUUAGUAUGUCGGGACACGGCGACGGCGGCGGCCGGAAACCCGCUGCGGUCUUGGCAUUGGCCACCGUCCUGGUCGCGUUUGCCCGCGUCCCGCCCGCGGUCGCGGUCGACAGGGACUCGGCGGGUCCGUACUGCGGAAAGUUGGGCCGAUGCUGCGAAGGAAGAACGGAUAGUUGCGCCGUGCCCAUACACCGCACGACGUGCUAUUGCGAUUCGUUUUGUUACAAGCGUAACUCUCCGCCGGACUGUUGUCCCGAUUUCGAGUCGUUUUGCAAUGUCACCAUCCCCGUAUAUACGACGACCGAUACCAACUCAAUUACCACCACCCCCCGUUUCGAUGGUAAGUGUAUCCAGGGCGGGAUUAUGGGUUAUGGGAGCCCCCGGGGCUAAAGACCAAUAAGCAAAAAAGAAAAGAAAAAAAAGGUCAUCAACAAAAACGCACACCGUGUGACCCCCUUCAACUCGCGGCCUGGGGAUAUAGCCCCCAAAGUCCCUCCCCCUUGAUCCAGCUCGGAUAGCUUUACUUACCCCGGUUGUCGGGUAAACGUUAAACGCAUGAUAUUUUGCUCUUGAUUUCGGAAUGUUUCGUGUUUUUGUGUAAUUACUUGAUUACGGGCUGCAGAAUCGCUUGCUUCGUCGAUGACUUCGACACAUUCGAUAAUUACUUACUCCGCCAACGCAAUCUUGUCGGCAAAACAUUUUCGAAACGGUUAGACGCGCGUUUUCCGAUCGAAUCGACGAAUGAUUCGGGAGCUUAUACUAAUUGUGAUUAACGUAACGAAAGACUUUUUUUUGGCUACGGUACUGCUCCGAUGUAUUAAGUGUAGCAAUUUUUCUGAAAAGAAAUUUUAUCUACUUGGCGCGUUAAAGUGGUCAUUUUUUGAUUUUCAAUGGAGUUUGCAAAAUAGUCGGGAAAAACCGGAAACAAAAUUCAGAUAAAACAGCUAAUACUAUGUUUUCUACCAAAAAUAUUGCUCCAAUAAAAAAAAGAUACUGUUUUAUAGAGAUCUUUUUUGUUAUAGUUUUAAUUUAGUUGGUUAGUAAGAAAGUCGAUUUUUUGAUUUUCCUAGUCAUUUUUUAAUAAAUAAAGAAAACCGAAAAGAAACUGUAGAAAAAGCGGGAAAAUUUAUUUUUAUAAUUUCGUUUUUUUUUGUUCCACUUUUAAGAUAAUCGUUUUGUCAGUAUUGGGGAAGAGUAGGUAGUAGAGCAUAAUUUGUAACGCGGCGUUUAAAUAGCACUUCACUAAUCUACUCCUACAAACAAAACGACAAAUCGGAAUAUCUCAUCAGCCGAUUGAUGGAAAUUAAGAAUUUCAACGCUAAAAUUUCAAUUGUUAUUACUUUUCGAGAUGAGUGUCUUACUCUAUGUUGAUCACCAUUCACCCUGCGUAUAGCUAUAGAACACAUACGUAGGUAUAGUAAACGUUAUCUUCCCUUUAUGAAAUGCUUUUAAGAAAGAAAAAUACAAAUUUAUCUUCGGUCAGUUUAAUUCUGUCAAUGCAAUAACAUUAAUAUAGGUAUUAUAUACAUUUUAUUUUAUUCUCAUAGGACCCACAACAAAGGUAAACUGUGAAGAUGAAGCAACGGAUUUAUUUUUAAAAUGUAUAGGUACGACAUUGAAAAAAUUUUCAAUUAGUGAAAUGUCCGAUGCAAAAUUAAGAAUUUUACAAGUCAUUAAUCAUUACGAACGUACACUGUCGAUUACUUCCAGUUGCCACGCAUAGGUAUUUGACAUAAGGACCAUAGUAAUUGUAUAAGGUAAAAUGUUAUAAGAUAUUUUGUUUAUAUUUUAUUUUGAAUAUACUUUUUAAAUAUAAUAAAUAUUAGAAAAUUCUGGUUGUAUUUUUUUUUUUUAAAUAAUUUUAGUGUUUAUAGGUAUUUUAAAUGAAAAACACUUAUUCAGAUUUUUAGAUCAGAUUAAAUCGUUUGAUCGAUAUGCAUAACGAUAACACAACACCAAUCCCAAUGAUAUCGAACGUUUAGUCAACAUUAUAUUCAACCUUCUCCGAUAAAAUACCCGGAUAACUUGAGGUUAUUAUAUCAAUAUUAAGAAAAAUCGCAAUCGGACACUCAAAAAUGUUUUGCAUUUUUUUGCAAUGACUAAGGGAGAAACCUUAAAAGUUUAAAUUCGGAGCUUACGUCGGUGUUAAACACGCAUUCAUUGCAGAUUUUAGAAAGUAUCUGGACUGCGGAGCAAGUUGCGACCAUCCCGAUACGUUUGUUGAAUAUUUUCAAAAUCAUUCACAGUCAAACGUCACAAGUUACAACCGUCAACUUAUAAUAUACUUGUUAUACUUAUUUAAUAUUUAAUAAAUAAAAAUACGGAAAACGCGCUGUUUNUAUUUCUGCCAAUAAUAUUCGUAUCUUUUAAAUAGUGAUUGAACAAGCAAAUUGAAUUUAAUUCUAAAAAAUCGUAUCUUAUUUAUUUGGCAAUAUAGUAUCAGCGACAUUAAAUAUUUUAAUCGACAAAUAUAUGUUUACAGAAUUUCAUGUUUGUAUUCACGUGGAUUACAAAAUCCUCGGUUUGGCAAGAAUAGUAUAGUCCGUGACGCUUACGCCUACAGUUAGUUUUUAAUAAUUCCGAGAUAAAGCCAAGUAUUAUUGUUUUACGUAUAUUAUUUGUACUAUGCAACAUUAAAUAUUCAUAUAAAAUUGCAUAUUAUUCGGCUUAUUUGAAUUUGUAUUUGCAUUUAAAUUCGCAUGAUCGAUAAACAUUAUAGUAUGCGUUUUAAAAUUAAGUUCACUAUCCACGCUGACCGUCCUUGAAAGGACACGUAGCUAUCCAUUUUAGCAAGUUGUAUAAUAUACUGAAUGUCAGAGGCUAAAACACUAAUACAUUUUCGCACUGCAUUACACUUUAUAUAAAACAAUAUUAUACCAUUGGUAUCAUCAACCCUUCCCCCUGAAAUGGAAUCUUUUUUUUUUUUUUUGGGUUGGGAGGGAGGAAUAUUUUGAUUAUCCUAUCACCGGAAAAAUAACCGUUCGCAAAUUAAUCUCAAUUUACAUUUUCCUCUAUGUAUUAUCGUAUAAGGAGACAAACUACACAGAAAAUCAAAAAACAACUUUCUUACACGGCAACUAAACAAUAUUCUCUUUAAACAAAUAUGUUACUCUUGAAAUUCGGACUAAGAUUUUUUUGUAGAAAAAUAUAAAUGAAGAAACAUGAAAAAUAGUCAAAUAAUAAAUUGCCGUAAACUUGUCUGUGUUCCAAUACGUAUUUCUAGUUAUUAAAAACUAUUGUAAAGACUACUCGGAAAAUUAAAAAAAUUGCUUCCUCCCAAUGCACUACCUAGAUCAAAAGUGCUACAUAAAAGCGCUUUUGUGGUUGUUUUGUUUCGGACAAGAUUUCUAGUAAAAAACAAAUAUUUUAAGACCCGUAAAAAAUUGUGAAUUUGAGAAUUUAAACUUUAAACCCCGUCUUUUUUCCAUUUUCUACUCAAAUUUACCAUUUUGUUUUGAAAGUAGUAUAGGUAUAGUUGUAGUGUUGUGUAAUAAAUUGUAUUAUCAUUAUGUAUUCGACUACCUAUUUAUUGAAUUAUUAAGAAUAUUUACGUAUAUUAUGCAUAAUAUAAGCCGGGGAAAAUUUUACUCUAGAAUAAUAAAGUGAAACCUCCUUAUACCGGCCCCCUAUAAGGGGAAAAUCUCCUUAAAAUGAAAAACAACAACAGUUCUGCAUAACCUAUAUCCCCUAUAUAUCAGUUUCCCUAGAACGGAAACUCCUUUAUAACGGAAAAAUCAAUCGUUACCGAGUGAUUUCGUUAUAAAGAGGUAUUACUGUACAUAAAUUCAAAUAUAAUAUGACAUGGUAUAAUUUAGAAUAGAAAAUAGGAUCACAUUAUUAUUAUUUUUAAUCUAAAAACCGACAGUGAAUAUUUAAUUUGAGAGAAUGAGGGAAGUUAAAAAAAAAAAGAAAAAGAAAAAGAACUAUUCAGAGGCAUAUAAAUCGGUAAGUGAAACGAGUAGAUGCGUAGCGAGUCGUCCACCGCCCAUAAUUUUUUGUUCCACAUAACUAUAGUAACACGCCUAUAGAUUUUUUUGAAAUCGCCAUAACGACUAAAUGGUUAAAAUAAAUUAUUAUUAACAAUAAAGUUUAGUAGAUUUGUUUCUAAAACAAAGUGUACUGUUAUUACUGUAUAAUAUAUUUCUACGAAUUUCGCCUCGUACUCCAGCCACUGGUUUCACAUGCGAACACCGUUCGAGCACAAGGAUCAUACCGACUGCUGAACGUGACAGUUGCUGUUAUACACGACGUGUAAAAAUAUUAUGUGAUCACUGAUGAAUGAUAACGUUUGAACAUUUACAAAAAGAAAGGGUGGUCAGUAUUGCCGUCGACGGUCGAC